CAGCAGGGGUGUCUUUUAUUCCUGUUAUACCUGGACGCUGUUGUCGGACUCCUCUAUUUGGCACGCGGCCGGCACCACUUCCCAAGCAAACCCUUUAAUCUCCUUCCCACACCUACUGGAAGGGCAGCAGGCUGGGGGUGGAAAGUAGCCGCCUGAAGCUGAGCCCGCCCAGGAGCUCCCAGGACGGAGAGCGACUAGCUGACCAUGUUUAACGGGGAGACGAGUUCCUCCUCGGCUAAAAAUGUGGUUCGCAGCUCCAGCAUCAGCAGCGAGAUGUACAACGUCGAGAAGAGCAGUGGGGGCAACCCAGACUCGGCCAGCAUCACCUCCAACAAGAAGAGGCGCUCGAGCCUCGGGGCCAAGAUGGUGGCUAUCGUGGGGCUGUCCCAGUGGAGCAAGAGCACCCUGCAACUCAACCAGCCCGACGGCGGCCCAAAGAAGCUGCGCAGUAACAUCCGGCGGAGCACGGAAACCGGCAUCGCUGUGGAGAUGAGGAACAGGGUCACCCGGCAGGGCAGCCGGGAAUCGACCGACGGCAGCACCAACAGUAAUAGCUCCGAUGGCACAUUCAUUUUCCCCAUGACCCGGCUGGGAGCCGAGAGCCAAUUCAGUGACUUUUUAGACGGGCUCGGGCCGGCGCAGAUUGUUGGCCGGCAGACACUGGCGACGCCGCCGAUGGGUGAUGUCCACAUUGGGAUGAUCGACAGGAGUGGGCAGCUGGAGGUGGAGGUGAUCCAGGCCAGGGGCCUCACCCCAAAGCUGGGUUCCAAAUCCAUUCCUGCAACUUAUGUUAAAGUUUAUCUGCUGGAGAAUGGGACCUGCCUGGCCAAGAAGAAGACCAAGAUGGCCAAGAAGACCUGGGACCCGUUCUACCAGCAGGCGCUGCUCUUUGAUGAGGGCCCACAGGGCAGAGUUUUGCAGGUGAUUGUCUGGGGAGAUUAUGGCCGCAUGGACCACAAGUGCUUCAUGGGAAUGGCGCAGAUUGUCUUGGAAGAACUGGAUCUCUCCAACAUGGUCACAGGCUGGUACAAACUCUUCCCCACUUCCUCGCUGGCGGACUCCACCAUCGGCCCUCUGACUCGUCGCCUCUCCCAGUCCUCUCUAGAGAGUUCUACAAGUCCUUCUUGCCCCUAAGGGGCAGGGCUCAGGGCACGGGUGGGAAGGAAACAAGCUGGCCUACCAAAACCUUUGGUGGAACGGCUGUAAAUAUUCUGUGUCUGGUUUGGUUUCAUUUUUUUUCCCUCCCUCCCUGAAACGAGCUGUUCUCAACAUGUUCCUCGCCAGCUACAACGUUCCACCGCGUAGGCAGGGGACUUUAAACGAGAGGGGUGGGAAGGAGAAACAAGAACAAACUUGUGACGCAGAACAAGUGAUGUGACUGACUGACAACCGAUCCCAAGACUGUUACCGCAUCUCAUUGAGUCAUAUUCGGAAAGGAGCGUCUUGGAUCCGAUUCAAUCCCACUGCAAGUAGCAUGUUAACUCAAUUUUGUUUUGCCUCCCUUUUGUUUUCCUGAUCAUUGAGGGAGAAAAUAGCUUUUUUUAAAAAAAGAAAAGAAAAAUGAAUAUAUUCAGCACUACUACUUUUUUUAAUGGAAUGUAGCAUCUUAUAAUAUUAUGUAGCCUGCCAUGUGCUAAUUUCAAACACAUUCUCUCUCUGCAAUAUCUAGGAGGGACACUCUGCCUACCGCCAGGAACCAUCCGCCAGUCACUUGCUGUUUUGGUAGAUUCCUGACACACAUCUCGCAAGGUCGAGCAAGCAAUCUGUUGAUCACUUUUUUCUUUGGUAGCAUGUAGCCUGUGACAAGUGACUCUGCCAAAGCAGUAGGGGAAGAAAAAGGUGCAUUUGACCUGACUGUUAUUUAAGUGUAUUAUGGUUCUGUCUUGAUGUUCCACACUUUCAAAUUAUUGUGAAGGACCACACCCACCAUGCCUCAUACAACAGUUCCAACUAGGAGGAGGUGAUGCAAAGGGAAGCUUGCAAUGAUGGUUGAAUUGAACUUCUAGUCAGUCUCAUCUUUGCUCAUUCACCCCUAGGCGAGGUCCAACUUGUAGCUGAAAGGUUUCCACACUCAAUUACUGCAUUUCAG